AGGACAUAAAUGUUACAAAAUAUGAGAGAAGGUACUCAUUUGUGAAUUUUCCAUGAUACAAUGGCUUAAAUAGUGAAAACUUUUCCCAUUCUCCAAAAGUCGUAACCACUCGUGUUGGGCCCCACCUGUGUCCGUACAUUUAUACGCCACUUUGUUCCCGUUCCUAAAACCUCCUCUCCGUCUGGCUAGUCCAAUCUGCUCUUCCUCUUUUCCCUCCCUCUUCCCUCUCCGUGUCGCCGGCGUCCGUCCGCUUCGCCGGAGAAAAAAUGGAGAGAUAUCUGAAGAAAGAGUUCGACCUGGACCACAAGAAUCCGUCGGAGGAAGCGUUGAUGCGAUGGCGGAGAGCUGUAAGCAUCGUCAAGAACCCCCGCCGGCGGUUCCGCAACGUCGCCGAUCUCACCAAGCGCUCCGAGGCCGAACGCAGGAAGCGAAGCAUCCAGGAAAAGAUCAGAGUUGCACUCUAUGUAAAAAAGGCUGCACUGCAGUUCAUUGAUGCCGGUGCUGCCCAAGAUGCUACAGCUGGUAACCACGCAGAGACCAAGGUGUCGGAUGAGGUCAGAAAAUCUGGUUUCGGGAUCGAAGCUGAAGAACUCGCUUCAAUUGUUCGUGAUCAUGAUGCCAAGGCUUUGAAAAGAAGCGGUGAGGUGGAAGGGUUAGCAAGAAAGGUUGCUGUUUCUUUGAACGAGGGCAUACACACAAAUGACGUCCCUGUUCGGCAAAGCAUUUAUGGCAGCAAUAGUUAUACAGAGAAGCCCCCUAAAAGCUUUUUCAUGUUCGUUUGGGAGGCACUGCAAGACUUGACUUUGAUUAUUCUGAUGGUAUGUGCUGUAAUCUCUAUCGGGGUAGGGCUUGCAACUGAAGGGUGGCCAAAAGGGAUGUACGAUGGUUUGGGAAUUUUAGUCAGCAUUCUCUUGGUCGUCAUGGUCACUGCUAUUAGCGACUACAAGCAGUCACUGCAGUUCCGGGAUUUGGAUAAGGAGAAGAAGAAGAUUUCUAUUCAGGUCACCAGGGAUGGGCGAAAGCAAGAAGUCUCCAUCUUUGAUUUGGUCGUUGGGGACGUUGUUCAGUUAUCAAUAGGAGACGUUGUGCCAGCUGAUGGUGUUUUUAUAUCGGGAUAUAGCUUAGUGAUUGAUGAGUCCAGCUUGUCAGGGGAGAGUGAGCCAGUGAAUAUAGACAAGUCAAAGCCUUUUCUUCUUUCGGGAACCAGAGUCCAAGAUGGUUCUGGCAAAAUGCUGGUAACAGCUGUUGGGAUGAGGACAGAAUGGGGAAAACUGAUGGAAACUCUGAAUGAAGGCGGAGAAGAUGAAACACCUUUACAGGUGAAACUAAAUGGUGUAGCGACCAUCAUUGGAAAGAUUGGUCUGGGUUUUGCUGUGCUCACAUUCGUGGUGCUGACUGGUAGGCUACUGUGGACGAAAAUCUCCAACAAUGAGUUCACAGAAUGGUCUACAGCUGAUGCGUUGACACUUCUGGACUACUUCGCUAUUGCAGUAACCAUCAUUGUUGUUGCAGUUCCAGAAGGGUUACCAUUGGCUGUUACUCUGAGUCUUGCAUUUGCGAUGAAGAAGCUAAUGGACGAGAAGGCCCUUGUUCGGCAUUUAUCUGCUUGUGAGACAAUGGGUUCUGCUAGUUGCAUCUGCACAGAUAAGACUGGGACUUUGACAACAAACCACAUGGUAGUUGAUAAGAUAUGCAUAAUUGGGAAAACGAUAAGCAUAAGCCAUAACAAGAGCCAAGGCAUUUCAGGAAUUGAAGCAUCUGAAGGAGUGGUAAGCCUUCUUCUGCAGGCUAUAUUUCAAAACACUGGUUGUGAAGUGACCAAAGAUGAAGAUGGGAAGUCCAAGACUUUGGGAACACCGACUGACAAGGCUUUGUUCGAGUUCGGUUUGCAUUUGGGUGGGGACUGGGAUGCACAACGUAGCGAAUUCAACAUACUGAAAGUUGAACCAUUUAAUUCAGUGAAGAAGAAGAUGUCAACACUAGUGGCUCUUCCUGAAGGCGGCGCCCGAGCUUUCUGUAAGGGUGCAUCUGAGAUAGUACUGAAAAUGUGUGAUAGAGUUGUUGACGAGAAUGGGGAUGUAAUCCAGCUGUCGGAGGAACAGAUUAACACUAUCUCUGACAUCAUAAAUGAGUUUGCUUGUGAUGCAUUGAGAACCCUCUGCCUGGCUUAUAAAGAUGUAGGAGAUGGUACGUGUGAGGAAAGCUCUAUCCCGGAUUCCGGUUACACAUUGGUGGCAGUUGUUGGAAUCAAAGAUCCAGUUCGUCCUGGAGUUAGAGAAGCAGUUCAGACCUGCUUGGCUGCUGGAAUAACCGUUCGCAUGGUUACUGGAGAUAAUAUCAACACUGCUAGAGCCAUAGCCAAAGAAUGUGGGAUACUUACUGAAGGAGGUGUGGCCAUCGAAGGGCCAGAGUUCCGUACCAAGACCCCUGAUGAAAUGAGAGCCAUUAUACCAAAAAUUCAGGUAAUGGCAAGAUCCCUGCCUUUGGACAAACAUACCCUCGUUACUAAUUUGAAGAAUAUGUUUGGGGAAAUCGUGGCAGUCACUGGUGAUGGUACUAAUGAUGCUCCAGCUUUGCACGAGGCUGACAUUGGACUUGCCAUGGGUAUAGCCGGAACAGAGGUUGCGAAGGAGAAUGCCGACAUAAUUAUAAUGGAUGACAACUUCAAGAGCAUUGUAAACGUUGCGAAAUGGGGACGUUCUGUCUACAUAAAUAUCCAGAAGUUUGUCCAGUUCCAGCUCACUGUCAACAUUGUUGCACUGGUUCUCAACUUCAUUUCUGCAUGUAUAUCAGGAUCCGCUCCUCUGACUGCCGUGCAGCUGCUGUGGGUAAACAUGAUCAUGGACACUCUUGGCGCAUUGGCACUGGCAACUGAGCCUCCGAAUGACGCUCUGAUGGAGAGACUUCCAGUAGGGAGGGGCGCGAGCUUCAUUACGAAGACGAUGUGGAGGAAUAUCUUUGGUCAGAGCAUCUAUCAGCUAAUUGUGCUCGCAGUUCUCAAUUUCUAUGGCAAGCAGCUGCUUGGACUGGAAGGUCCAGACGCUACGUUGACUCUGAAUACUCUGAUUUUCAACUCCUUCGUCUUCUGCCAGGUUUUCAACGAAAUUAACAGCCGGGAGAUCGAAAAGAUCAACGUGUUGAAGGGGAUGUUCACCAGCUGGGUAUUCGUGGGAGUGAUGACAGUCACGGUGGUUUUCCAAGUGAUCAUCGUCGAGUUCCUAGGAACAUUUGCCAGCACCGUCCCUCUCAGCUGGGAAAUGUGGCUUUUCAGCGUGCUGUUGGGAGCUGUCAGCUUGGUGAUCGCAGUGGUUCUGAAAUGCAUCCCCGUUGGAGUUGAAAACCAACGACCACCAUCGCCUAAGCAACACGAUGGUUACGAUGCUCUUCCCACCGGUCCAGACAUGGCUUGAUGAAGUAGUAGUAAGAACAGUCUUGAAGUUUUGGGUUUUCAGCUUCUGGUAUAUCCAUGGAAACUGUUCUCUUUUUGGUAUUUGUUUCGAGUAUGGAAGAGAGAUAUAACGGAUGGUCGUGUAAAGAAAGGGGGAGAUUCUAUGUUAGGGCUUGUGGGUGAGAAUUGAGAUUCGGGUAUUGAGAUUUGACAAGCGAUUCUGCUAACUAGAAAGAACAACUGCAAACAUUGAAAGUGCUUUCUCCACGGUUUAACAUUUUAUGUUUAGUACAUCUGUAAAAGACUCUUUUGAUUAUUAGAGAUCUCACCUUUUCGAUAUACGUCGGUAAGGAAAUCGCCAUGGUGCGCUGUUGAGUUCAUCGGUGAACGAAUGACAAGGACUGUAAAAACAUGAAUCUGCUUCUUCUCGUUGAUUUGGUGUAUGCAUCAAAUUUUGCUAGCA